AUGCCUAUCAAACCAAUCACCGGCAUGCUCCGCAAGGGCCUUGUCCUCGACCUCAGCGUUGCCCUCGGCCUCGGCGCCUCCGCCGGCUACUUCUGGUGGUACGGCUAUCACGUCCCCGCUGUCCACCACCGCGAUCUCUUCUACGCCAAGCUCGAGGACCAGCGUGCGGAGGAUCUUGGGACGGUGUAA